CUGUCCUCUGAUUGGACGAGCAGUUUCAGCACAACUAGAACCAACUCGGUCAGUGUAGUUCAUAAACAAUUCAGCUUCCUAUCGGCUUCUCGGUUGAAUUAUUAUAUUCUUCGAAGUUCUGAGGAAAUCUCGUCGAAACUGUCUUGAGUUUCGUCUGAAUGGCUGAAGCCUCCGUUACAGACACAUCGAAGUUGAAUCCAGAGUCUGCCGAGUUUGUACCACAAGCUAAAACCACCCAGCCAUACUCUAGGAGAAGUUACAGGCAGCAGCACCACACUCAGGACUGGAGGGCUCAACAUGUUCGGCCUCAUCAUCACAUUAGACCGUCCGAUGAGACUAAGCUCAGUCAAGAUGAGUCUGACAACCCUGACAAUAAUGCAUUACUGCCUCCUGAACUUCCCAUCAGAGGAGAUGUAAGAGGUAGAGGAAGAGGAGGAAGACAAAGAGGAGGACGCGGUGAUGUUAGGCGCAUUAAUGACCGUCACGCUCCAAGCGAGAGAUGGACAAAACCUGGAAGUGAUAAUGACUCCUCAGGAUGGGAACACAGAGCUUGUGACCGUGAGCGACCCAACUCACCCACUUCUAAUAGAUCCACAGAUGAGGAUAAGAAAGAAAGAUCAGCUGUGGAAGCCAAUGUAAGAGUGUCUUAUCAAGCUAGCCGACGUAAACAGAUCAAUAAAGCAAGAGCAGAUAGAUCGAUAAAGGAGCCUCAGCCCAAGGACCAAGUGGAGAACCGGGAAAACCAGGCUGAUGCAGGAGUCACAAGGCCUGCAGCAGUUCAUGAACAUCCAGAGCCUGAGCAGAGGAACUUUAAGGGUUGGAGAGGUGGAGAUCGCCGCAUGCAGCCCAGUUCCUGGAGGAAAGGUCCGGCCCCUAGCCAUGGGAUUGAGGGUAACUGGAGAGAAAGAGAACCUGCUCAGAUCAGAGAGGAGGAGAGGAGAGGUGUAGAAGAUGAGGGCAGAAGACACGAGGAGUCCAGCAGGAACAGAGGAGCUGCGAGAGGGGAGGAGAGGAGAGGUGCAGAAGAUGAGGGCAGAAGACAUGAAGAGUCCAGCAGGAACAGAGGAGCUGCGAGAGGGGAGGAGAGGAGAGGUGCAGAAGAUGAGAGCAGAAGACACGAGGAGUCCAGCAGGAACAGAGGAGCUGCGAGAGGGGAGGAGAGGAGAGGUGCAGAAGAUGAGGGCAGAAGACAAGAGGAGUCCAGCAGAAACAGAGGAGCUGUGAGAGACAGAGGAGCUGUGAGAGGGGAGGAGAGGAGAGGUGUAGAAGAUGAGAGCAGAAGACACGAGGAGUCCAGCAGAACCAGAGGAGCUGUGAGAGGGGAGGAGAGGAGAGGUGUAGAAGAUGAGGGCAGAAGACACGAGGAGUCCAGCAGAACCAGAGGAGCUGUGAGAGGGGAGGAGAGGAGAGGUGUAGAAGAUGAGGGCAGAAGACACGAGGAGUCCAGCAGAACCAGAGGAGCUGUGAGAGGGGAGGAGAGGAGAGGUGUAGAAGAUGAGAGCAGAAGACACGAGGAGUCCAGCAGAACCAGAGGAGCUGCGAGAGACAGAGGAGCUGUGAGGGGGGAGGAGAGGAGAGGUGUAGAAGAUGAGGGAGGAAGACACGAGGAGUCCAGCAGAAACAGAGGAGCUGCAAGAGGGGAGGAGAGGAGAGGUGUAGAAGAUGAGAGCAGAAGACACGAGGAGUCCAGCAGAAACAGAGGAGCUGCGAGAGGGAAAAGGCCACUAAUACAGAAUCCAGGGUCGAGGAGAGGAGCAGGUCCAGAGCGACGGACCGGACUGGUGAAGCACGUGGAGCCUCCCAAAAGCAAAGAAACCCAGACAGGUUGUCUAAUUGAGCAGCUGACGGAGGAGAAGUAUGAGUGUAUGGUCUGUUGUGAAGUGAUUCGGGUCAUGGCUCCAGUUUGGAGCUGUCAGAGCUGUUACCACGUAUUUCACCUUAACUGCAUCAAGAAAUGGGCUCGCUCCCCAGCAUCUCAAGCUGAUGAUGGCAGUGAAGGUUGGCGUUGUCCUGCAUGCCAGCAUGUGGCUCUCAAAGCCCCUAAUGCAUACUCCUGCUUCUGUGGAAAGGUGACCAAUCCUGAGUUUCAGCGCACUGAGAUCCCUCAUAGCUGUGGAGAUAUGUGUGGGAAAAAGCGGAGUGGAGGGGAAUGCAAUCACCCCUGUAACAUCUUGUGCCAUCCUGGGCCCUGCCCACAGUGUCCAGCUUUUAUCACAAAGUCCUGCAUUUGUGGUAAAAUGAGAAAGCAGGUUCGUUGCAGUCAGACAGGACCUCUGCUUUGUGAGGAGGUCUGUGGAGCUCCUCUGAACUGCUCCGAGCACUUCUGUGCCCAGGUGUGCCAUUCAGGGCCAUGCCAACCCUGUCAACUUCGUGUUCAGCAAGCCUGCUUCUGUGGAGUGGCAUUCAGGGAGGUGGCGUGUGGGACUGAUCGGGAAAAGUUUGAUGGAUCAGGACAUUUCUCCUGUUGCAAGCCCUGUGGAAAGAUGCUUGACUGCCAGUCCCAUCGCUGUCAGCAGAUCUGCCAUCCUGGGCAGUGUCAGUCAUGUCCACUCAGCCCCAAGCUGGUGCACAGUUGUUCAUGUGGACAGACUUUAUUAUCUAAGCUUCUGGAGUUUGGCUAUCCAGAGAGAAAGAGCUGUACUGACCCGAUCCCCUCCUGUGGCAAGACCUGCAACAAGCCGCUGCCAUGUGGAGAUGGUGAUUCUGUCCACUUGUGUGAAAAGCUCUGCCAUGAGGACAGCUGUGGCCCGUGCUCUUUGACCUCAUCUAUUAAAUGCAGAUGUGGCAGCAACAGCAAGGAAGUUCCUUGUGCGGCCAUUCAGACUGAACAAGACAUGGUGUUUACGUGUGAGAAACGCUGCAACAAGAAGCGCUCCUGCGGCAGGCACAAGUGUGGAGAGUUGUGUUGUGUGGAUGUGGAGCAUAAGUGCUCAAUGAUUUGUGGUUACAAACUCAAUUGCGGUCUUCACCGAUGCCAGGACCUUUGUCACCGUGGGAACUGCCAGCCUUGUUGGCAAACUAGUUUUGAUGAGUUGGCGUGCUACUGUGGGGAGACUGUGCUCUUCCCGCCCAUCCCUUGUGGAACGAGACCUCCUGAAUGUAAAAACUUAUGUACCCGAAGUCAUGAUUGUGAUCAUCCAGUGUUCCAUUCAUGCCAUAGUGAGGAGAGAUGUCCUCCCUGUACCUACCUCACCAAGAAGUGGUGCAUGGGUAAUCAUGAGCAAAGGAGUAAUAUCCCAUGCCACCUGCAGGACAUCUCGUGUGGUUUAGUGUGUGACAAGCUCUUACCCUGUGGUUCUCAUCACUGUAAGAAAAUAUGUCACCGUGGGGAAUGCCAGGCAGAGGGAGAGUGUAAGCAGCCAUGCACUCACCCUAGAGCUAGCUGUGGACACCCCUGUGCUGCUCCGUGCCACCCAGGCACCCCCUGUCCACCCACCAUCUGCAGUGCCAAGGUGGCACUGCAGUGUGACUGUGGCCGAAAGAAAGAGACCGUUCCUUGUGCUGAUGCAGCCAGUUCCUACCAAAGAUAUGCAGCUAUUGCCGUUGCCAGUAAGCUGUCAGAUAUGCAGCUGGGAGAGUCCGUUGACAUUGGACCGCUCACAAAGAAAGAGCAGAGAAAGGCCAGGUUGGAGUGUGAUCAAGAAUGUGCUGCACUGGAGAGGAACAGGCGGCUGGCUGAGGCCCUGCAGAUUGAUCUGUCAGUGGAUCCCUUCAACAAGUCGGCGUCUUCCAAAUAUAGUGACUCUCUGAAAGAAGAUGCAAGGAAAGAUUUCAAGUUUGUUAGUGAAAUUGAAGAGGAGAUUAAGAAUUUAGUUGAACUGGUCAACAAGGGUAAACAGCCUAAGAGGAGUCACUGUUUUCCACCUAUGAAGCGCGAACAUCUGAGAAUUAUCCAUGAGCUAGCGGAGGCAUAUGGUGUGGAAACCGUCAGCUAUGAUAGCGAACCCAAGCGCAAUGUUGUGGUUACUGCCGUCAGGGGGAAAUCAGUGUGUCCUAACACCAGUCUGGCUGCUUUGAUUGAAAGGGAAACUGUUUCCAGAGCUCCUCCUCCUAUUGCCCACAUCAAACAACACACAAGCAAGGCCGACAAUAGUAAUGCUUGGAUGAAUCAAUCUAAAGAGGAGCCCACAAUUGAUUAUUUUGAUGUGCAGGAUUGACAUGAAAUUCUGAAUAGUCACUAUAAUAAUCACACAAAAUAAAACUGUCCGAAAAGAAUAGCAUUACAAUUCUGAAUAAAAAUGGUGAGGAUCUAAA